AUGUUGGCAUGUUGCUGGAUGUACUACGUCCCGCAUGUUGCUGACGGGUCCUGGUUGGUCUUGCUCGAGCCGGACCGCGGUCAUCGAUCGCUGCCCUUUGUAAAGCCAAAGCCCGCCACCACCGCAGCUGCGCCUCUGCUGCCUCCGCUGCGCUGCGCUGCCACAGUAGGGGUACAGGGGCCGUGGGCAGGUGUAGGGGCCGUGCGUGCGUACGGGCAGGCGGAGCGCGCAGAGGCGACUGUGAGAUGGGCGACGGCCGUACCGUUCUACGACUACGAGCCUGCCGCGCUGGGCCGUGGCCGCCGUGGCGCAGCGGACGCGCAGAGAGAGCCACAGUGUCCUCCGCUCGCCUUUUGCUUUCCCCUGGUGGAGUCCGCCCUCCCUCCCUCCCUCCCUGCCGCAGCAGCAGCAUGCAACCCGGCCAAGAAGAAGCGCGGUGGUGGUGGUGGGGGUGGAGGCGAAGGAGGCGGGGGCCAGCAGGAGGAGAAGCCCGAUGCCGACGCCGGGAGCGGCUGCGAGGGCCAGGCCAAGGAGAAGCCCGCCGACGACAAGGAUAAGGACAAGGGCGGUGGCGGCGGCGGGUGCAAGGACGACAAAGCGGACAAGGACAAGGAGAAGGGGUGCGGCGGCGGGGCAGGCAAGGACGACAAGGGCGGCAAGGACAAGGAGAAGAAGGCGCCGCCCCCGCUCCCCGUGGUCACCGCGGUGCUCAAGGUCGACAUGCACUGCGACGGCUGCGCGCACCGCAUCCGCGCCUCCGUCCGCCGCUUCCCAGGGGUGGAGGGCGUGGCCAUGGAGGUGGACAAGGGGUCCAUGACCAUCGUCGGCCGCUUCGACGCCAAGAAGCUGCGGGACCGCGUCGCCGCCAAGACCAGGAAGAAGGUCGAGCUCGUCGGCGGCAAGGACAACAAGGGCGGCGGCGGCGGGGACAAGGACAAGUGCGCCGACGGUGGCGGGGACAAGAACAAGUGCGCCGACGGCGAGGGCAAGAAGGAGGAGGAGAAGAAGGAGCAGGACGACAAGUGCGGCGGCGGCGGCAAUGCCGGGAAGGGGAAGGGCGGCAAGGACAACAAGAAGCCGGCCGUGCCGGUGAUCGUGACGGUGGUGCUCAAGAUCGGCUCCGCCGGCCUCCACUGCGACGGCUGCAUGCACCGCAUCCGCUGCAAGCUCUUCAAGAUCAAAGGCGUGGAGCAGGUGAAGAUGGACCCGGCCAAGAACCAGGUGACGGUGACGGGCACCAUGGACGCCAAGGCUCUGCCGGAGAAGCUCCGCAAGAAGCUGCGCCGGCCCGUGGAGGUGGUGGCGCCCGGCAAAGGGGACAACAAGGACAAGGAGAAGGAGAAGGACGGGUGCAACAAGGACGGGAAGCAGCAGCAGCAGCAGCAGCAGGGGGGCGACGGGAAGCAGUGCAAGGAGGCGGCGGAGAAGGCGCUGGCGGCGGAGCUGCAGCUGUGGAAGACGGCCUUCUACGACCAGCAGGCGAUGCAGGCCACCGAGUUCCUCCUCAGCGACGAGAACCCCAACGCCUGCGCCGUCAUGUGAGCGACCUUGGCCGGUGCCCGGUGGUGACCGGCGACCGGAAGAUCGGAUGACUGACAGACAGAUAGUAGAUAGAUAGCAAGUAAGUUGGGGAGAAACCUGGAUGUGGUACAGGCUACCGGACAGAUCGACGAAGAAUUCAGUCGUUGGUUCA